AUUAAAACGGAUUACAUUAAUAUAUUAAAUAGCCUAUGCAAAAACUCUUAGCAUUGAUUUUGUCUUUAUCAAUAGUCUAUUCAAUCGACCCUAGUAUGGUACAAUUGAGUACAGAAAAAAUAGAUGAGUUAUCACAAAGCAAUUUAGGUAAAUUUAUAAUAGAAAUGGCUUAAACACAUGCUGAGAUGAGAGGACCUUUGGGUAUCAAUAUAUAAUAAAAUUUAGAUGAUUUGGUAACAGCUAUAGGGGAUUUGGAAAUUGAAUUGACAAAUGAAUUACAAUAGUUGGAAGAUGAUUUCACAAGAUCAACUAAUUAACAUUAAGUGACUUAAGAAAACCUAGAUAUUAAUAUUGGUUAAACAGAAAUCAAUAUUUUCAAUUAAAAAGACUUUAUCGAAGCUAUUCUAUUACCUAGCAUUGAUUAAACAAAUUAAAAGAUUGAGAGAUUGAAUGGUUUCAUGAAUGAUAAUAGAGAUGCUUUGUCAAGAGAAACACUUGCCAGAUAAAAUUAACAUUAAGCUUAUCUAGAUAGAGGUAAUAUAAAUAACAACUUUUAGUAAGUGAACAUUAAGGAGCAAUCAGUGCUGUUGAUGAAGCCUUAUAAUUGAUAAAUUCUUUGAUAAAUGGCAACAUCGCUUUCUCAGAAAAGGCUACUAUUCAUUAGGCUGUCAAAAGAGUUAGUAACAAGAUUCAAAAGACUAAUACUGUUCAUCCUCUUGUUGAAGCUUUACUUUAAUUGACAUAAAAUUUUUCUGAUUAAGGAUAAGCUAAAAAAAUAAGAGAUUUAUUACAAGAUACAAGAAAUUAAUUGGUUUCUAGUCUUAAUUAGGUAUCAUAUCAAUAUCGAAAAAUAGGAAAAUACUGAUGAAUAAUAGAUCUAAACAACUUGGGAGGCAAGAUAAAAAACUUUGAAUAAUGAAUAUUAAGAAUUUAAGCGUUCUGUUUUAGAAGCUACUUAUGUCUUGGCUGCUUAUCAAAGUAUGUUUAUGUUUAAAUAGUAUUUAGAUAAAUUGAAAUCAACUCAAGAAGCCUUGGCAUUAAAUGAACUAGACUUAUAAAAUUAUAAAGAUUCUUUAUGUAAAAGUUAUGUACAACCUAUUUAGAAUAAGAUAAAGAUGCUUAAGCCUAAGAAACCUAAAUUUAUAAUGAAUUGAAAGCCUAAUAUCAGAUCUAACUACAAACUACUAGAAAUGCCAAAGAGUUUGUGAAUUCUGCUGAAUUUAGUACAGUCAUUAGAAACAAAUUAAAUUCAGGUGGAUUAGUUUGAUAAAUGAGAUAUUCAUCUAUAAAUGCAUAAAAUUUAAACAUUAUCAUAGAG